AUGGGACCAUUUCCAUCAUCUUUUGGAAACAAAUACAUUCUUGUGGCUGUCGAUUAUGUCUUCAAAUGGGUGGAAGCUAUUGCAAGCCCCACCAAUGAUGCUAGAGUUGUAACCAAGAUGUUCAAGAGCAUCAUCUUUCCAAGGUUUGGAGUCCCAAGAGUUGUGAUCAGUGACGGAGGUUCCCACUUCAUUAACAAACUGCUUGAGGGACUUCUCAAGAAGAAUGGUGUGAAGCACAAGGUGGCAACUCCUUAUCAACCCCGCCAAGUUGAGAUUUCUAACAGGGAGAUCAAGUCUAUCUUGGAGAAGAUUGUGGGGAUCACAAGGAAGGAUUGGUCCAAUAAGCUCGAUGAUGCACUUUGGACUUAUAGGACAGCGUACAAGACACCACUGGGCACCACAACUUUCAACCUAGUGUAUGGGAAAGCUUGCCAUCUGCCAGUGGAGCUUGAGUACAAGGCACUAUGGGCAAUAAAGUUGCUAAACUUUGACAUCAAGAAUCUCCUAGUUCUUGUUUCUAAAUCCAAGCUUUCGCCCCAACAGUCUAUUCCUCACUACCCAUUCCCCAUUUCCUUUCAUCCAAGGCAAGGUACAAUGGUUAGGAAAACUAAGGGAAAGUCGGAGGCUGAGAGGCAAGAACCUGAAAGUCAAGAGUCUUCGUUGAGAGGAAAGGCUUUAGCCUCGGAACGAGCUGGUUCUGGGACACAAAGGACUUCUCGACAGCAAACAGUGGCUGCAAAGAAGGCAAAGGAGCAAGAGAAGAGGGCAGGAAAGAGUAUAGCAGUUGCCACAUAUGAGGAGAGUGGCGAUGAAAGUGCAGAUGAGCAGGCUCCUACAAAGAGGGCCAAGAUGUCCAAGGGGAAGGAGGUUGCUGAGGAUAGAGACAGGGCAAAAACUCCAUCUGAAGAAGAGCUGUAUCAUCAUUUGCUGAAUGGGGUAACUUGGACUCCAACCAGAUUCGCUGACCUUGAUUUGCUGAAGGAGGUGGGUCUCGAUUCUGAUAUUGAGGCAAUGCUGGGUGUAAGGGCAAAAGGAGUUGAGAUAGGCCUAGAGAAGCUAGAGUGUGCUCACGUUGGAUUAGAUGUUGAAUUUGUGUGCUAG